AUGGCUGAUGCUCCCCCGCCCACUUCAUCCGAACUUUUGAGGAUGGUGACUGAGCUUCAACAAGCAAACCAGCGAAUGGCGGAGGACAACCAGAGAAUGCAAAGCCAAAUUGCGCAGUUAGUGCAAGCUCGCUUAGAGCACCAUAACCAUGAUCAUGAGAACAACGAACGGACUCAUGUUUCUGAGACACCACAAAGCGACAACGAAGGAAAUCAACAGAAUGAUGAAGCUCAGCCUGAUAACGAGGAAGAACAACCUGACAACUCGGCGGGACCAUUUACAGCAGAUAUAAUGAACUUCCAUCUCCCCAGACAAUUCACUCUGCCGACAACUUUAACCCCAUAUGACGGAUUGGGCGACCCAAAGCAGCAUGUCAAAAAAUUCCGAUCUAUUAUGAUUGUUAACGGUGCAUCCGAUCCAAUUCUUUGUCGAUGUUUUCCAUCUUUUUUAGACGGUCCUGCACUUGACUGGUUUUGCUCUUUGCCUGCAGAUUCGAUAUCCCGUUUUCAGGAGUUGGCUGCCCAAUUUGAAGACCAUUUUGCAGCGUCCGCAAUAUAUCUACACGAUUCUGACUAUUUGACGACCAUAAGGCAGGGAGCACAAGAAAGCCUGAAGGAUUAUAUCACCCGCUUUACAAAGGUCGCCAUGAGGAUCCCCGACCUCCAUCCAGAAGUUCAUCUCCACGCCAUAAAAAGCGGCCUCCGCCCUGGCAAAUUUCAGGAAACUAUCGCUGUGACAAAUCCCAAAACUUUAGCCGAGUUUCGUGAAAAGGCCAAAGGUCAGAUUGAUGUCGAAGAACUCAGGGAUGAUAUUAUCAAGGAGAUAUUGAACUCUAAACUAAUUAAGCCUCCUCGCAAAGCCGGCAAUUAUCCAGAAUCAAAGAGCAUCGACAGAUCGAAGUAUUGUACUUUUCACCAGAAGCACGGACACACCACCGACGAAUGUGUCAUUGCUAAAGAUCUCCUUGAACGACUAGCAAGACAGGGGCAUCUCGACAAAUUUAUUGCAGGGCAUAUCCAGAAGAACACUAGCCCCGCCCCAGAUACAUCAACAGCUGGCGCAUCCUCAAAAGGAAAGGAAAAGGCACCGGCCCAACCUAGAGGAGUAAUAAACUGUAUUUCAGGGGGCUACGCUGGAGGAGGACACACAAGCUCAGCCCAAAAACGUACUUACAGAACCAUGCUGGCAGUAACGGAUUCCCCAAGCAAUCCUCAGCCACUGACGAAUGUCCCAGAAGUGACUUUCAGGUCAACCGACUUUAACGGUGUUGAUACCAACCUAGAUGACCCUGUUGUCAUCUCCAUUCAGUUAGGAGACCUGAUAGUAAGAAAGGUUUUACUCGACCCAGGCGACUAG